AAGCAUCGGAUGAAGAGACUUUCCAAGAUUUUUAUGACCGUUAAAUCCCACGCACACGACGGAAGAAGAUAACGUGCGCAAAUGCGCCUCAAGGCCAAUCUCGAAUGGCAUGGAAGACCGACGCACACUGAGGCGCAAUGUAACGGUAAAGCAAUCACUGUAGAAACAUCGACAAUAAAGAUGCGCUCAUUUCUCGGUUUUCCAGUCAUUCUUCAUCCCAGAUCCCUGAGUCACAAUGAGUCUAAAAGCGCUUUCAUCCUCGUGUUUGUCUCUCAUGUCCAUUCUCACAAAGCAUGCUUCCAGCCAGGACGUGCCCUUCUCGCCUUGCCCACUUCUAGGGCCGCGCUUCCCCAUUCCCACAAACCUGUCAGAAUCUCCGAUAUUCCAAUCAGGACUGGAACAUUUGACGCAGGUCUUCGACGACUACGUGACCAACCUAAACGGCACUUUCGGACCAAUUUCCACGACCACAUCUUUUAGUAUCACACUUUUCUCAACCGAAGAGGAAAACUCUACGCAACCUUCCUUGUACGAGUAUCACCACAGCGCACCGUCUGUCGAGAAUGGAACACUCAGCACAACAGAAGCCAAUGCAAGCAGUGUCUAUCAGAUCGGCGAUUUGACGACGCUCUUUACGACAUGGCUUUUUCUCAUUGAAGGGGGGGAGCAGCAUUGGAUCGAUCCUGUCAGUAAAUGGGUCCCAGAGCUUCUCAGUGCUGCGCAGAACAGGGGGUCCAGCUUUGCAGUGGACUGGGAUGCCGUGACUCUUGGAGACCUGGCUGCGCAUUUAGGAGGAAUUGGAUGGUAUGCCCCAUCCGAAAAAAGCAGUCAGGUCGCGUCAAUGCUUGGAGAUCUGGUGUUGAAGAAUAGCACAAGAGUAACUCUUUGUGAUUCUAGUGAAGGGACGUGCGACCGCGCAGAGUUUCUAACACACUUUGGCGGCCGCGAUGCAGUCUUCGCACCAGGCUCAACGCCUAUCUUUUCAAAUGCAGCAUUCAUCAUCCUCGCUCACGCCCUAGAAACUAUAACGGGACUUUCUUACGCCGCACUCCUCGACCGCUCCAUACUUCGCCCGCUCAAUCUCAAACAGACUACAUACCUCCCAAGUACGGUCGAGGGACCCUUCAAUGGUCUCGCCUCAACACCCCACGACCUCACUAUUGCCCUCAAAAACUUACUUCGCUCUACACUUCUCCCCCAAUCAACGACCCGCCGCUGGCUUAAACCCGCAUCUCACAGUUCUAACCUCGUCAACACGGUUGGUCGCCCGUGGGAGAUCUACUCUCUAGCAGCAACCCCUAUCUCCCCGGUCAUCCCCGUCUACCAGGUCCGCGGCAGCAAAAGCGUCUACGCGUCUCACAUCGGACUCGUGCCCGACUACGGCGCAGGCUUUGUCAUUCUUGCUUCUGACACCAGUGCAGGAAGCCCAGAUCUCAACGCCUAUGCAGACAUUCUGGCUUCCGAAAUUGUCCCCGUGCUCGAGCAAAUCGCUAUCAUGCAGGCUUCCGAGGCUUUCGCUGGGACAUACACUUCCAUAUCGCCCACGAAUAUGACGCUCGUUGUUGCGCAGGCGAAAGACGGCAGCCCCGGUCUCUCUGUCCCACGCUUCCAGUCUGGAGAAAUGGAUGUGAGAGCGGUCUAUGCGGCGUUAAAUGGCGUUGCACCGGAGAGUCUCAGCUUUCGGCUUUAUCCGAGUGACGUCGGGAGCCGCGCGCAGGGACAGGUUUUCAGGGGGGUUUUCCAGGAUAUAUCGGCACUUACAGACACGGGAACGCCUACUUGCGAGACAUGGAGGGACGUCAAUCGAUUGCAGGUGGGUGGUUUUGGAUUGGAUGAGUUUGUCUUUGAGAUGGAGGGUGGAGAGGCAGUUGGGUUGGUGAUUCCUGCGUUUGGAGCUGGGCGUUUAAAGAAGGAGGAGAAGGAUACAUGACUCUUGACGUCGGAGGCGAGCAUUUCUAGGAGCGUUAGCAUGGCUUUUGCGGCAUUCAGCUUCCCGUUGGUUGCGCUUGCUGGUCUGAUAGCCCGCAAACGGACAUCGCUACGAUUGUUCGCGGAAUCGAAAACAAGCUCUCUCUCACUUCAAGAAUCGAAUCCUCCUAGGUAGCCUCCCGGUUUUGGAAAUACCACAGCGGACUUUCCUCGCCUUCCGCAAGCUACUCUCUGAUCGUUAGGAAGAAUAUAUCAAAUAGCGAUCUUGCCAAC